AUGCCAUCCGUUUACUCGUCCAUUUUUCAGAACUUCAUCCGCCAAGGAUUUGCGAAGUCAUUUACCCACGGCUACGCGCAGUCGGUUGUUGCAGCCACACACCCUCAUGUUCUAAACUCCCAGAACCGGCCGUCCUUUGCGCGCCGGCACAAUGCCGCCCGUGUCGGUCGCCUCGGCGGCUUUGGUCUGCAGUCUGCCUUCCACUCGAACGCUCUGCAGACCUCGGGUGAGCAGUCGAAAGAGAAGGCUGCCGGCCAUGGCCACGGCGGCCUAGACGCUUAUUUUGAGCAUCUCCAGAAGACCCAGCAGUCAGGAGAAGGGGACAAGGACUGGGUGCAGUUCCAGUUCCCCAAGCGGAUCGAAUGGAAGCCCACUCCUGCCUCUGUCCUGCGUGGCUCUGACGCCAAAACCCUUGCCCUCAGCAAGGACACUACGCUCAGCACCAGCAAGAAGGAUGACAAGGACGCCAGCAAGGCUGCGAGCGAGGAGCUCGCCGCCAAGGAUGACGAGGUGACGACCUCUCCGGGUGUCCCGCCUGAGGCUAAGGAGGCACUCGCCCACAUCGAUGCCGCCAUUCAGAAGGAGAUUGAGGUGCGAAAGGAGCUUGAGGCCCUGGAGAAGGAGGUGGAAUCCCUCCGUGCCACGUCCCCCGAGCUGGCGGAACAGCUUGAGGAAGAGAUUCGCUCUCGCUCUUCCCUGCCCGGAUCGCGUGUCAGGACUCCCGAUAGCGCCGCUCGCACCGCUACUCCUAUCGUCGACCCACAGUCCCAGAGCUAUGCCGACCAUCUUACCAAACUUUCUGAGGCCGGCAGGUACGCGGAGAUCCCGGCCGUCUUUGAGGCCAUGUUAGUUGCCGGUAUCAAUCCGACCCCCACUGCCUACAAUGCCCUUCUGAUGGCUGCCAUUCACCUGCCAUCCGAGAAGUGGGAGGUUGUCACCAAGGCCCUGGAUGUCUACGCGGAUAUGCUGCGCCGCAAGGUUUAUCCGGACAGCGACACCUACAACAUCCUCGUUGGCUUGCUCGCCUCUCGGUCCCUUGAGGUUAACUCUCUUAAGCAGGCUCUUGAGGACAAGCGCCUGAGGUUCGGCGGCAUGGACGAGCCUGGCAAGUUCAUGUUCGCCUCGCAUGAGCUCGAGCAUGCCAUGCUCACGGAGGAUGACCGCCUGGAUCUGGCCAUCAAGUUGUUCCGGUCUUCUGUCCAGUACAACAAGGCUCGGUAUUCUCCCGAGACCUACCAUCAGCUGAUCGCCGCCUGCGCCCAGUGCGGCCGGGUCGAUGAGAUGCUCCAGAUGUUCGAGCACAUGGAGCUGUCGGAGACAACACCUUUUGCUGCUACCUUCCCUGCUAUGAUCACCGCCUUUGCCAACUCCGGGGAUCUCAUCAGCGCUGUUGAAUGUUAUAACGAGUACCGUAAUCUUGCCAUCGCCAACGACAACGGAGAGAAGACCCUCCAGGAUCGUCUCGAUGCUCAAGUCUACGCCGCCGUCAUCAACGCCUACAUCAUCUCGGACAAGCUUGAGGGCGCCAAGAAGUUCUAUGAGAAGAUCCUGAAGGAGUAUGGCGAGAAUGCGACUGAGAUCAAGGAUGCCAUUGUCGCUGGUGGCUUCGUCAAGGGUUUCAUCGAUCGCGGCAUCUACCGUGAGGCACUGGUUUGGGCCCAGGAGAUUGAAGGUGAGGCUCGCGCCAAGGCCAUGGCCAAGAUUGCAGCCAUUGCUGCCGAUCGCGGUGAUAGGCAGACAGCUGGUGCUGCUUUCGCCAACAUCCUUCCUGCCAGUGCUGUCACAACCCCAGCCAUUGCACUCCUUGCCAUGCAUGUCCGCGAGGGCGAUGUUGUGUCAGCCACUCGGUACUGGGACAUCCUCUGCAACCCGAGUCUCCCACCGACAGCGGACUUCAUCGAGCCCACGGCCAUGUACGCUGUGGCCUUGAUCGGUUCCGGCCAAGUCCUGGAGGGCUUGACGCAGGCGGAUUACAUGUUCCAGCGCAUCCACGUCGCUUGUGCCGAGAGCAGACCUCAGAUCGUUGAGGAAAUUGAGGAGGGUAUCGAGUUUAUCCAGCGGUUCAUGGCCACCCGGGGCAUCGUAGAUCCUCGGGUAACUCCUCUGGCCCCUGCUCCGGUCAUGACCCCGGCGAUGACCCCGGCGCUGACCGCCGAGACGGUCCCUGGCUCUCCUGUCCCGAAUCCGGAGGAUUCGUUUGACCCGUAUGGUUCAUCGACUGACUUCAAGGGAUCGGUUGCCAUCGCUGAGGAGCUGGAUGGCACUCGCGGCCGAAAGGGUUCGAAGCUGCAUGAUGCUCUUGCUCGUCUGCGCAACAUGCGCCGGGCUGGUCGUCAUCCUCGGUACUUCACCUACGCAAAGCUUAUCACGCAUGCUGCCAAAGAAGGGAAGUUGGACAUCUGCCAGGAGAUUCUCGCCAUGGCGCGUUCUGAUGUCCCGCCGCUUCCUCAGUACGCGGCUGUUCGUUAUGGGUGGACCUCGAUCCUAGAUGCCAUGAUCGGUGCUUGCCUGACUCUCGGUCAGAGAACUCUUGCCGAGCAGUACCACCAGGAGCUUCUGGCCAUGGGUUGCACGCCGUCUGCCAACACUUACGGUCUGUACAUUACCACACUGAAGGAGACGACCAAGACCUCGGACGAAGCUUCAGAGGCCGUCAAAAUCUUCCGCCGUGCCAAAGCUGAGGGUGUUGAGCCGACAUCGUUCCUCUACAAUGCUCUCAUUGGGAAGCUCGGCCGGGCUCGUCGAAUUGACGAUUGCCUAUACUAUUUUGCCGAGAUGCGCAGGCUGGGUAUCACCCCUACCUCGGUGACGUACGGCACUGUUGUCAACGCUCUCUGCCGUGUUAGCGAUGAUAAGUUUGCUGAGGAGCUCUUUGACGAGAUGGAGUCCAUGCCUAACUACAAACCGCGCCCUGCCCCGUACAACAGCAUGAUCCAGUUCUUCCUCAACUCCAAGAGAGACAAGACCAAGGCGCUGGAGUACUAUGAGCGACUGAAGGCUAAGGGUAUGGAGCCGACUUCCCAUACGUACAAGCUUCUUAUCGAUGUUCAUGCUACCCUAGAACCGAUCGACAUGGCAGCUGCUGAGGCUGUCCUCGAGACGAUCCGUGCCUCCGGUCAGCAGCCAGAGGCGGUUCACUAUGCUUCACUCAUCCAUGCUCGCGGCUGCGUCCUCCACGACAUGGAGGGUGCGCGCCGCCAGUUCGACGCCGUUAUCAAUGACCCGACCAUUCCCCCGAGUGUCUGCCUCUUCCAGGCCAUCCUUGAGGCCAUGGUUGCCAACCACAAGGUCGCCGAGACGGAGCCUCUUCUUGCGCAAAUGCGUGACAAGAAGCUCGAAAUGAGCGCGUACAUCGCCAACACUCUCAUCCACGGUUGGGCCGCUGAGAAGAACAUCGAGAAGGCCAAGGAGAUUUACACCACGCUGGGCAAGGACAAGCGUGAGCCAAGCACGUACGAGGCCAUGACCCGUGCAUACCUCUCCGUCCAGGACCGCGAGAGUGCCAAAGAGGUGGUCAGCGAGAUGCUCACCCGCGGCUACCCCAGCGCUGUCGUCAGCAAGGUUCUGGAGCUUCUCGGUGGCGGUGAGCGGGCGGCGUACUGA